UUACCGAAUGUCAAAACAAAAGUGCAGCAAAUAUCUAAAUAUCUUGGAGUUUUGGCAGUUCCCAACUUUUACAUUUUUUUGACUAUUGCUUUUUUUACCGGUGUACACCAACCAUGUGUUGGCAUAUAAAUUAUACAUUUUCUUGACAGAGUAAAAUUGGUUUCCAGGAUAAGGCAUACAAUUCGCCGGAAUGUCUAAAAGAUAUCCUGAAGAUGGGGGCGCCAGCUCGGGGCAGCCCCCAAUCAAAAAGAUUCACUUUGAGCCACAUCUUAUAGGCCCCGUUUCCACAUUAGAAGAAAUGGAUAUAAAAGUGCUUCAGUUUCAAAAUAAAAAGUUAGCACAGAGAAUAGAACAACGGUAUAGAACAGAACAGGAGUUGAGACAAAGAAUAGAGCAGUUGGAAAAAAGACAAACGCAAGAUGAUGCCAUGCUCAAUGUUGUAAACCGCUACUGGAACCAAUUAAAUGAAGAUAUUAGAAUCCUUUUACAAAGAUUUGAUGCAGAAACUGCCGACGAAUCUGAAAAUAAAAAUGAGAAUGAAGCUACUACUUCAUUUCUUAUGCAACUAUCAACUUGGGAUAAGGAUGAACUGAAUGAUAAAUUAGCAAAUCGGGUUCAAGUGUCAAGAAGGGCUGUAGCAAAAGUUAUCCAAGCUUUUGAUCGUUUAAUGCAAAGGAAUGAGAAAAUAACAUUGGCUCUUAAAGGGGAACUUGAAGGACAGGAUGCACCUUCGGUUGAUGAAGUAAUUCGCCAAACAAACAUACAGCUUCAGGAAGAAAACCGAAAACUGCAGGCACUGCAUACCUCCUUACAUGAGAAAUACCAUACCAAUAGCUUAAAAGUUGCUGAAUUGCAAGAUUCAGUCACAGCAAAAGAAACUGAAACAGCAGAACUGAAAAAUCAAAUUGAUGAUUUGCAAUAUGAGUUGGAAAAAGUUAGAAACAGAAAUGACAAAUUGGAAACUCACUUGGCUGAAGCUGUGGAGAAAAUUAAAGCUUACCAUCAGUUGCACGGAGAUCCCGAGAAGGGUGCUCAACAGAAACCUGUUGUGCAGAGUAGCGUUUCUCAAGCCAAAUUGGAAGAUCUCAUGAAAGAGGUGGAAGAAUAUAAAGAAAUGGCCAACAAUCGAUUGCAAGAACUUGAUAAAUUACAUCAGACCCAUAGAGAAACUCUUAAAGAGGUUGAAAAGUUGAAAAUGGACAUCCGGCAACUGCCAGAAAGUGUUAUUGUUGAGACCACCGAAUACAAGUGUCUUCAAUCUCAGUUUUCGGUUCUAUAUAAUGAAUCAAUGCAACUCAAAACGCAAUUGGAUGAGGCACGGCAGCAACUGCAAACUAGCAAAAACGCUCAUCUGCGUAACAUUGAAAUGAUGGAGAGUGAAGAACUAAUUGCUCAGAAAAAGCUGCGCCAGGAGGUGAUGCAGUUAGAAGAUUUCCUUGCUCAACUAAGAAAGGAAUAUGAAAUGUUGAGAAUCGAAUUUGAGCAGAAUUUAGCUGCCAAUGAGCAAACGGGUCCAAUUAACCGAGAAAUGAGGCAUUUGAUCACUUCAUUGCAGAAUAAUACCCAGCAGUUGAAAGGCGAGGUGCACCGAUAUAAAAGAAAGUAUAAGGAAGCAAAUGUUGAACUUCCCAAGUUGAGGAAAGAGAUUGAGGAAUUACAAAACAAGCUUUCCCAAGCUCAGGGCGCCCAGCAGGACUCCAAAGACAACAUCAAGAAAGAGGAAAUUAAAGAAGAGAGUGACAUUAAAGAGGAAGGAGGCGCGCAAGUUAAAGAAGAGGGAUCAUUGAGUGGAGAAAAGAAGGAAGAAGAGACUGAGCAAUCUGGGGAAGGUCAAGGAGAUCAAUCUGGCGAAAAAAAAGAUUCGAAUAAGCAGGACAAGAAUCAGGUGAAGAAGGAUCAAACGCCAAAAAGUGAGAAGGAACAGCGCGAUGCUCAAAGAGCUAAAGAAGCUAAGAUUGCUGAAAAUGAUAUGAUUAGGGAUUUGAAGAAUCAAUUGAAGAAAGCGUUAAACGAGCAAAAGGAGAUGAAGCUAUUGCUUGAUAUGUAUAAGGGUGUCAGCAAAGAGCAGAGGGAUAAAGUGCAGUUAAUGGCUGCUGAAAAGAAACUACGUACUGAUUUAGAUGAACUGAGGCAGCAACUGAAGAAAAUGCAGGUAAGAAAAGAUAACAAGAGGGACGACAAGCGGAAGUUGGCAGAGGAUGAAGCUUUAAAAAAAAUUAAACAGUUGGAGGAACAAAAGUAUGAGCUUCAGAAGCAGGUGCAAUCUCAGAAACCAAACGAUGGUAGUUGGGGGGGCGCGGGAUUACACCAAAUGAGACCUUUCGUAGGAUCUCAUGAGGAGGAAGCUUUACUUAAUGAAAUGGAGGUGACUGGACAAGCUUUUGAAGAUAUGCAGGAGCAAAAUUCAAGAUUAAUACAGCAGUUAAGAGAAAAAGACGAUGCAAAUUUCAAGCUCAUGUCCGAAAGGAUCAAAUCAAAUCAGCUGCACAAGUUAGCUCGGGAAGAAAAAGAUGUGCUAAAAGAGCAGGUCGGCACACUCACAACGCAAGUUGAAGCGGCCAACAUAGUGGUGCGAAAGCUCGAGGAAAAGGAACGGAUUUUGCAAAAUACUUUGGCGACCGUAGAGAAGGAGCUACAGUUACGACAACAGGCCAUGGAGAUGCAUAAAAGGAAAGCAAUUGAGUCGGCCCAAUCGGCAGCCGACUUGAAACUGCACUUAGAAAAGUACCAUUCGCAAAUGAAGGAAGCCCAACAGGUUGUAGCAGAGAAAACGAGUUCUCUGGAAGCGGAAGCUUACAAAACAAAGAGACUUCAGGAGGAGAUAGCGCAGCUAAAACGCAAGGCCGAAAGAAUGAAAAAGAUGGAAUUGGCCGGAACCACUUUGGAUGAAGUUAUGAUGGAGGAAAUUCGAGAAUAUAAGGAAACGUUGACGUGUCAGUCGUGCAAAGUUAAGCGGAAGGAUGCGGUUUUGUCAAAAUGCUUUCACGUUUUCUGCUACGAUUGUCUUAAGACGAGGUAUGAGACCAGGCAAAGAAAAUGCCCAAAAUGCAAUUGCGCUUUUGGAGCUAACGAUUAUCAUCGCUUGUAUUUAUCCAAUUAAUUGAAUUAUGAGUAAUUAUUGUGUACGUUGAUUACUAUUUGUCCUUCGUUUCUUUUUUUAUAUGCAAAAUUAUUAUGGACAUUUGAUUUAUUAAAUUAACGUGAUUGU